AUCAUGGUCUUGCAACCAUCAUUCUCGCUCUCCGACGCCAGACCAGGAAGAAGAGGAGGCAGGGACGACCAACUUCGUUGCGCACAAGUCCGCGUUGAUUCGAUUACCCUUUGACCACUUCAUCGUUUCGGAUUCUUCUUCCUCGUCUCCGAAUUUCAGGCUGUUUUCGACAGAUUUUAAGAUGAACGGGAGGAUGAACAAGCGGGGCUAUAAAGAGCCAAUGUUCACGCGGAUGGUGACUUCUGUGUUCAGGUUUGCGCGGGUUGCGGAGUUUGAGAUACUGUUCUUCCUUUUCUUCUUCAUUGCCUUCCUCAUCUUCAAGGACCUGACAUCUCGGCCCGAAUACAACCAAAUCCUCGUAAAGAAGCCGGGUGGGAUCGAUUUGUGGCCUUACUAGCUCAAACCAAAUGUAUGCUGUCUUUCAUUUUCCCCACUCACGGUAAAAAAUCUUGCUACACAUAAUGAACUGAGAUUGGGAUGAUUGGGAAGAUUUAGAUUUUCGAAAUUAUCACCAGAAACUAACCUCUAACUGAGAUCUCACCCUUGUAUGCUGGGAUUACAGAGUCUUUCUCUGUUUUAUGUUGAUAUAUGGUUUAUGGAGCUCCAUCAUCUCAGAAGUUCCUGAGAAGCAACGCCAGACAAUAGAUGUGCACUGGGACUUGCUUUCACUGUUGCAAUAAUUUGAACUCUGAGCUACUUCACUUCUCCUUCACAUCAUUUCAAUUUGUACAGUUAGCUCAAUGAUUCACUCUUCUUGGCCCUCUCUCUCUCUCUCCCCCCCCAUUUCUAUUUGUACACUUAGCUAAAACAGCAAAUUUUCCAAGUACUUGUAUAUUAAGACUGAUUUGUGAAAUCUA